AUGAAUCGUGCGGCUGUUAUUAUUGUUACUUUCAUUUUUUGUCAAUUUAAUCGGAAAUUAUUUGCAAUUAGUUGGUUCGAAAAUGAAGAGGAUUAUUUGCAAAAAUGUAACUUUGAAACUUAUUUACAACAACAACAAAGCUAUUACCGCAAAUUUAAGGACUUGCUACCAUGGUUCAAGUCCGAUAUAUUGAUGACAACAAUGAUCCGCCAAUACCUGCUCGACUGCUUUCCAGCUGAUGAAAGAGCUAAUGAUCCUACCGCAACAAUUGAUUUCUCUGAACUUAGUUUCCCAGAUUACUACGAAAUAUCAAUGCCACUCGGAUUAUUUCGAAUUAAUCAAGCAAUUCAGAACUUUUCCAUUCCUAUAAAUGAUAAAAUUACCAUAAUGCCAGAUUACAUUAACCAAUAUAAGGAAGUUUUAGCAAAUGAGCAACAACGUGCAGGCUAUAUCAUUCAUAAGCGAUUAUACUUUAGAAAUCUUGUCCAUCUAGGUAAUGAUUGCCACAAAGAGAAUGCACCGUUUGUAUUUGGCAAUCAACGGAUCAUUUCAUUAAUGCAUGAAAGAAAUAUGCCUUUUGAAAUACCAUGUUUUACUUGCUUGAAGAAGCUACCAUCAGCCAAUAUUGUUAAUACCUUUUAUAUACUUCCACGAAGAGAUGUUUUCGCGUCAAUUCCGCUUGAUAAACGUGUCGAAGCCUUUUCCGCAUAUGAAACUGACAUACAAAAUGAAGAUGAAUAUAAAGAUAUCAAUGAUAAUGAUAAUAAUCAACGAUUACAAACUACAAAACAUCCUUCAACAAUUUCAACAUUAUUUGUCAACAGAACCAAUAUGACAACCACUCAAACUGUCACCAAUUAUUCGACAACAACUAAAAUAAAAAUAAUUAAAAAAAAAAAAAUAUUGAAAAAACGACAAUAUCAUCGAAUACCAUUUGCUGCAUUUUUAUAUAAUUUUGCAACUAAAAAAUUUACGGAUCCGAAUUUUGAAGAGAGACGAACAACAUUCCGUGGACCAUUUCUUGCUGAUCGUUGGUGGGAUCGAUUGGUUGCCAGUGGGGAUGAUUUUGAUGUAGCAAUACCAAUUCCUGAUGGCCGUUUACGAAUCAAUCCGGAUCCGGGACGUCUUCGACAAUACUAUCCACAUUUCAAUAGUAUGAGUAUUGUUUGUGCACAGCAAGUUGAUGGUACAUUGAUUGAAACGGAUGUCAUAGUUAACGUAGAUACGCUUGUGGAAGAUCCGGUUGAUGAAAAACCGGAAUGCCUAUUCAGUAUACACUUUUCUGAUGAGCAUAAACAAGAAUGCACAACAAAAUAUCAUUCUUUUCAAGAGCGUCGCCAAGAUGAUUCUGGUAAAUUAGAUUAUCGUUAUCGUAUUCGUGAUUAUCAAUCGAUACCAACAAAUUUUCAUCCUAUCCUAAAAUUGGAAUAUAAUUUGAAAAUUGAUAUCGGUUAUGAGCAAUGGUCAUGUUGUACGGCAUGUUGCUGUACAGCAAGUGUUUGUCGUCGAGAAUUUGCUCUGUACAAAGAUGAAUGCAGAAAAUUAGAAAGUUAUCGUUCUCGCUUAGCAUAUCUAUCAUUCUUUAAAAUCGAUCCAUUAAAAAAAGUAACAUUGUCACUCAAUGUUUCAGUAGAUGAAAAAUACAUGGAAGAAGUGAUAAUGACAUUUGAUAAAUACCUUAGUUCAGAUCCAUACUUCACCACAGGUAUUCCCAUUCAUUCUACCUUAAUGAUCACUGAUGCUUACUGGAGAAAAUUACGACAGCAUCUCAUUGAUAAGAUGAUUGGAAAAAAUGAUGCGAUAAAAAAAAUGAAAGGUCGGCUAGGAUUAUUUGUGGAAUCAGAAAGUUGUGAUGAGUUAGCACAAAAAUUAGAUUGCAAUAUUCUCGAGAAAUGUCGCCAAGAUGCACAAAAAGUACGAAUUUCUACUGGGAAAAUGCGUCCAUUGAAAUUUGCACAAUCAUCGAAGAGCGAAUUUGAUGGAUGUAGUGCGGAAUUAUUCAAUGAAGAAAUUUAUAUAAAUGCUCUUGAAAAUUAUGGUUCAUUGAAAUCUGGAUAUAAUUAUUUGAUUAAUAUUAAUGAAACAAUUUUUGGAACAAUUACCAAAGUGAUUUGGAAAUCAGGGUCUUAUCAAGUACCUGAUUAUAACUAUCAGUUAUCAUGCUCAUUACAACGUGUUGCUAUUGCACCAAAUAAAAAAAGCUUAUUGAUUAUUGGUAUGCUAAUUUAUACAUACAUGUACUAA